AUGGCGUACUCAAAGCGGUAUCAACAAGCGCCUAGUUCUCCUUAUCCACACUCUCCCUCCACACCCCGCCUGGGCGUCGACCCGUUUGCUACACCCACUCCUUCCUACGACGAGCUUCCCACGCACGCAGGCAGUGCUGUUUCCCCCACUUACGCACCUGCGUACCGCGCUCCUUCCCCGACCGCAACACACCCCCUUGCCCCCGACAUGGCCUACAACCAGCCCUACGACAACCGCGCCUACUCCCACGAUGCCCAUCCCGAGUGGGACAGUCGAAGCGCCAAGUCAUAUCAGACAUACAACUCCCAGGCCCACCUCGACCCACACAACAACAAGCAGUAUGAGAUGAGCCAGUUCUCGACUGUCCCCGCCUUGCCCUACAAUCCCGCACCCGGCAUCGUCGACUAUCCUCCUCAACAGCCAGAAUAUGGAGCCAAUCUGCGCCCAUCGGUCGGGGGCAGCCAGCACUCUAACUCGGGCUACUCCACCGCACGCGAAAAGAUGAUGCGUCGCAGAACCGUCCGCCAUGUCGAGCUCCAGCAAGGCAAUCUCGUGCUCGACAUGCCUGUCCCCACUGCUAUUGUCCCCGAGGGAUGCACCGCCGAGGAGCAGACCCACAUGCGAUAUACCGCAGUCACUUGCGACCCUGACGAAUUCUCCUCGUCCAAAUACUCCCUCCGUCCUUACCUGAUGGGCCGCAAAACUGAGCUCUUUAUCGUCAUGACCAUGUACAACGAGGACGAGAUUCUUUUUGUCAAAACAAUGAACGCUGUCAUCAAGAACGUUGCUCAUCUAUGCGGUCGCUCCAAGAGCAAGACUUGGGGCCCUGAAGGCUGGAAAAAGGUUGUUGUCUGCAUUGUUUCGGAUGGGCGAAGCAAGAUCAACCAACGCACGCUCAAGGUUAUUCAGCUCAUGGGCUGUUAUCAGGACGGUAUCGCCAAGGACGAAGUCGCCGGUAAAGAUGUCACCGCUCAUAUCUUUGAAUAUACCUCUACCGUCGUCGUCUCGGACUCGGGUGAAGUCGCCCAGGGCGGUGUCCCCAUUCAACUUUUAUUCUGUCUGAAAGAGCAGAACAAGAAGAAGCUCAAUUCGCAUCGUUGGUUCUUUAAUGCAUUUGGACCGCUCAUCAAACCCAAUGUUUGUAUUCUUCUUGACGUUGGCACAAAACCCACCGGAACCUCCAUCUAUGAGCUCUGGAAAUGCUUUGAUCGCCAUCCGGGUGUGGGAGGCGCAUGUGGAGAGAUCUGCGUCGACACGGGCCGAAACUGUUCCAUCCUCCUAAAAUCCCCCCUCGCUGCAUCCCAGAAUUUCGAGUACAAAAUGUCCAACAUUCUUGACAAACCCCUCGAGUCUGUAUUCGGCUACAUUUCCGUCUUGCCCGGUGCCUUUUCCGCCUACCGAUACAAGGCACUCCUCGGCAAACCCCUCGAAAUGUAUUUCAAGGGUGAGACCAUGCACGGUGGGGGAUCAGAUGGGGCGGGGCUGUUCGAGCGUAACAUGUAUCUUGCCGAGGAUCGCAUUCUGUGCUUUGAGAUUGUGACAAAGAAGAAGGAAGCCUGGACACUCAAGUACGUCAAGAGCGCCAAGGCUUCGACUGAUGUACCCACAACCAUUGCCGAGUUCAUCUCGCAACGCCGUCGAUGGCUCAACGGGUCCUUCUUUGCCGCCCUUCACGCGACGACGUUCCAGCACCGUAUCUGGACAUCUGGCCAGAAUUUCCUGCGAAAGAUUAUCCUGCAAAUCGAGUUUUGGUAUAAUGCUGUCCAAAUGAUUUUUGCAUGGACGAGUUUGGCCAACUUUUACCUCGCAUUCUUUUUCCUGGUCAGCUCGGCAACUGCCAACGCUGACACCGAUGCCUUCGGGUUCAUUGCAGCAGGUGCCGGCUCAAAGGUUUUCGAGGUGUUCCUCAAGAUAUAUAUCGCUCUGUUGUUCGUCGUUUUGAUUUGUUCAUUGGGUAAUCGGCCACAGGGUUCGAAAGCGACAUAUGCGGCCUGCAUUAUUCUUUUCGGUAUCUGUAACCUUAUUGCGUUAUGGUGUGCUGGGUUCACGGUCUACAUGGCUUUACCUCACUCGGCGUCGGAAUGGGCCAACGUCCCUGCGCUAUUUGAGAACAGGACUUUCCGGGAUAUUGUCAUAUCGCUUGCAGCUACAUACGGUCUUUAUUUCUUUGCGUCGUUUAUGCAUGCAGAGCCUUACCACAUGUUCACCUCAUUCCUUCAAUACCUGUUUUGGUUGCCAAGCUACGUCAAUAUUCUGAUGAUGUACGCAAUGUGCAAUUUGCACGAUCUUGGUUGGGGAACCAAAGGUGACAAUGGUUCCGUCAAGGAUUUGGGUGGAGCGAAAAAGGUCAAGGGCGAAAACGGCAAGGUGAUGGCAGAAGUCGACCUGCCUACCUCGAAAGAGGACGUCGAUUCGCUCUGGGCUGCGAGUAGGACGGCGUUGAGGAACAAGCCUGCUGAAACCAAGGAGAAGCGUGAUGCCGCUACUAAACUUAUGGAUGCUGAUCGCAACUCGCGUACAAACGUUGUGUUGGUGUGGAUGGGUACGAACGCCGCGAUGAUCAUCUUCUUCACGUCAGAAUUGUUCCUCGACUUGACAAAGAAGUGGGCGGAUAGCUCGACUGGAGGAGUCUUUAACCCUUAUUUAUCGGUUCUGUUCUACGCUUUGGCCGGGUUGAGUGCUAUCCGUUUCGUUGGUUCGGCUCUCUACCUUCUUCUCCGCCUUGUCGGUCUCUAG